AUGGGGAACAAAGAAGUUCGAAAGACUGGAGAUCACAAUCGCAGAGCGCUGGAAACAACCUCACCAACACAUGUGCUACAGAAUGGUCAGUGCUGGCAAGUCCUCGACACCAACCUCUUCGGAACGAGUGUCAAGUUGGCAUUCUACUGCAACGUCCAGGAUGCUGCCUGGGAGAUUCCCAACCGAAACGUCUACAACCCCAAGGAGCAGCCCCUUGGAUUUGGACUCACCAGUCUAGAGGAUGGCAAGUGGCUCGUUCAGCAAAAUGAACGGGGCCACAAGGUAAGCUUUGAGUUUGUAGCCAACGGUAGCAAGGCAGUCGGCAUUCCCAGCGCCAACUCUGGGUCCGUUGCAGGUGCCAUUGACUACUUCUCGUCCCAGGGCUUGACAGUUGACAGCCGUCUUAAGCCCGAGAUCUCAGCUCCUGUCCCUUUCUUCCCACGUAUCCGACAUCCGAGGAACUUCAACAUUGCCGGUGUCGCCGCUCUCUACUUCUCAGCGAACGGAGGCCGCUCCAAAAUUUCCAGCAACGCCGGCGACUCGGCCCACCACCUCAUCGCCUCCAGCGGCAAGCCCGUCGCUCAUCAUGAUGGAAGCGGCUCUCUAGCCCCGCUUCCGAUCCCGUACUCCUCGAACGAGGGCGAGGUGGCCACGGUCAAGUUCUCGGCGACUGCACUUGAUGUAGCUCCUGAGAAUGAUACCUUCAAGAUGACUAUCGAAGACACCUUUACCAUUGACUUUGAUAUUAUCUGGCCUAGUCGUGAGUUCAGCUUCGAUCAUCACAACCUCAUCUCAGACGCCUACUUUGAUGCCCCCGUUCAACAGUACCCGCGCCUGCCCUCGAGCACCUGGUGGCCGAGCGGCAACUUCUCGCACGGCAGUGCGAUCGAGAGCGGCAAGUACAAGAUCCUGUCGAGGGCGCUCCGGACGUAUGGUGAUGACCACAACAUUAGCGACUGGCAGAUCAGGGUCUCGCCCAAGAUCAUCGUCGACAAGGAUAAGGCUUGA